UUUUUUUUUUGCACAUGUCAAAUAACAUUGGAACAAUACAAAGACGACUAGGUACAAUAAUUGAAGAGUUUAAGAGAGCAAGAAAUACUUGGGAAGAAAUCAACUCACAUGCCUUUCCAUACGCAAAUGAAUUAACUAAUUCUGUCAUUCAAUCAAGAUACGUUGAUGAACAACAAUAUUGGCAUCCGUCUUUAACUUUGAAUUUUCCAAAUAUUAUAGAAAAGUUUGAUCACAAAAUGAACAUUAUAAUUGAAACCCAAAAUCAAAAGUUAAUAGAUCUAGUUGAGAAAAUGGCAAAGCAACAUAAUAAGAUGCAAAACCAAUUGAGGGAUCUUUAUACAGUAUAUGAUAAUGUCAAAAAGAUGAAUGGAGAUCAGUUUGUCAAUAGCCAACCUAUAUUUCAAACAUGUCCAUUAAUCACCUACCUCAAUCGCAUGCAAACCAUCAUUGACAUGUAUAAAAAAGAAUUAAACACAAAAAACUCUUGUAUAUCAUCCAAAGGAUUUAAAAGUGUACUAUCAAGAGAAGAAGGUGUUGUAUUACUAUCAGUGUGGAUUAAUCAGCCGCAUCUAAUUAAAUCAACCAUACAAGAAUGGGAUGAUAUUUGCAAAACAGAGAUAGAAUUAUUACCAUAGAAUUUAGCAUUUUUUUAUUUUAUUUUUUUAUUCUAUAAUUGUAUAAUAUAUAUAAACACAUACAUACAUACAUAUUCCACUAUGGUUUAUGCAAAUGUACGAUGUGAAGAAGCUGUUUUCUUUCAUCUUACAUUUGUAUCUAGCGGGAAAUUAAAAAAAAACAAUGGUUUGUACUGCAUGGCCUGCAAUUUAGGUCACUUUUUUUUUUUUUUCUU